AUGUCUUUUUUAUGUUAUAAUAAAGGAUGUGGAGAGCGAUUUGAUCCCGAAAACAACCCAGACGAUGGCUGCACGUAUCACCCAGGAGUCCCAGUAUUCCACGAUGCCUUGAAGGGAUGGUCCUGCUGCAAGAGGAGAACUACUGACUUUUCCGACUUCCUCAGCAUUGCUGGCUGCACUAAAGGUCCACACAACAAAGAGAAGCCCCCUGAGCCAGUAAAACCAGAUGUGACUUCAUCGGGACAAAAGAAAGAGUUAGAUGACCAAAAACCAAAGUUUAAUGAGUACAUAAUAUCUGCACCAAAACCUCAAGAGGCCAUAUGCAGACCAAGUGCGGAUGAGCCGGUGGUAAGGCUGCAGCAUAAAGUGUCUGCCUCGCUAAGGCAGGCCCUGGAGAAGCUGAAACUAUCUGAAAAUGCAAAGGAGAAGGAAGAGGAAGAUGAAAACGUGAUCAAAAUUGGAACGUCAUGUAAAAAUGGAGGAUGCACAAAAACUUUUGAAGGACCUUCAAGUGACUCAGAUGUCUGCAUGUACCACUCUGGAUGUCCCAUUUUCCAUGAAGGGAUGAAGUAUUGGAGCUGCUGUAAGAGGAAAACCUCAGACUUCAACACCUUCCUCUCUCAAGAGGGUUGCUCUAAAGGGGCUCAUCUAUGGAGAAAAAAGGAUGAGGGAAAUAAAGUGGUCCCCUGUCGGUUUGACUGGCACCAGACCGGGACACAGGUCAUCAUCUCUAUUUAUGCCAAAAACGCCGUCCCAGAGCUGAGCUACGUGGAUGCCAACAGCACCAGGCUCAGCAUCCAUGUUGUAUUUGAGGAAGAGAAGAAAUUUGAGCAGAAUGUCAGCUUGUGGGGCGUGAUAGAUGUGACCAAAAGUAUUGUGAACAUGAUGGCAGCAAAGAUUGAGAUAGCCAUGAAAAAGUCCGAGCCAAUGUCCUGGGCCCGCCUGGACCUUCCUCCUCCUGUCGCCCCGCCCAAAGAGAGUGAGAAGAAGAAGGAAGAAUCUGAUAGUGAGGAUGAAGAUGAAUGA